AUGGACGAGUGCCUCGCUCCCAUUGCAGCCAGCGGUUUACGUGCGCCGUCACGCAACUUAUGCUUUUGCUGUGGAGAAGCAUCGGAAUACGUUACAGAUGUGGUACGUGGUGCAUCUCGUACAGGUGCCUACCGUGUCUCCAUCACGUUACCAGAGCGGAAGCGUAUGCAGCGCAAAAGUCGCGUGAUGGCAUCAGGGGCAAUUCGUCCUUUCUUGAGGUGCACAUCCAAGGUUCGGGUCUGGACAAAGAACAUGCGCGAAUUCGGUGAGCCAAUAAUAGUUGAGGACCCGAAAGCUAUGGAUGGUACUCGGGUCACUUUUCGACCUGAUUUGGCCAAAUUUGGAAUCGCUGGACUGGAUGACGCUAUUUGUAGAAUGUUCCGGAAGAGGACCUACGAUGUCGCUGGAACACUUCGAAACGUCAGUGUGUACUAUAACGGAGAGCUGGUAGAG